GGCCUGAAGUGCGUCCAAAGUACUGUUGCAGUUGUUCCAAUGGAAGAGGCAGUAGUCGAAUGGGUUAUUUCUAAAGGAACAAAUGUGACUUUUACGAUUUCUCCUGGCGAUGGCAGCGCUGAACACACUCUACACACAUCUACUAAUGGUUUUUUCAAAAACUCAUUUGCUCAUCGUUAUACAAGUGCAGGCGUGUACAUUGUCUCCAUUGGAGCUAAAAACGCUGUUGAAGAUACUCCGAAAAUUGUAGAAUGCACCGUCUCCGUAGAAGAUCCGAUUGAUAACCUGACUUUGGAAAUACCAGUAACUCGAAUAAAAAUUGGCUCUCAAGACCUAUAUAUUGCAGUCGAUGAGAGCAUUACGGUAGUAGGAAGUCUAACUAGAGGGACUAGUGUCCUCUGCCACUAUGACUUUGGGGAACAAGUUUUAACUGGAGAAGUCGACUCUUUUAGCAAAACUUAUGCAUACAGCAAACCAGGAAUCUUCACUGUAAGUCUCAAUUGCUCGAACAGUGUUAGCAGUAUGUACAAAGAGUCUUUAAGGAGGAUCAUAGUUCAAAAAGAUGAACCGAUAGAUGACCUGCAGGUAAUGGUCCCUGCCACAGCCAAAGGGCAUCAGUCUGUGAUUUCACUCUUGAUGUCUUCCGGAACGGCUUUUGUUUGUGACUGGAACCUCGGGGACAACACAACUUUCCAGACAGAUGUAUCUGACAUAGGUAAAAAAGUCCUACAUCAAUAUGCUAAAGAAGGACCUUUUGACGUAAUUGUUAGUUGCAAAACUCGACACGGCAUUGUAAGAGCCCACAUCGUUGCUUGGGUGCAAAUACCUAUUGCUCACUUAACUUGUACCUCGUUACACCACUACAUCAUGGUAUCGCAAGAGACUCUUUUUAACAUUUCUGUUCAUUCAGGCUCUAAAGUAACCGCUGUGGCGGAAUUUGAAAAUGAUCAAAGACAAAGUGUCAUAUUUCAGGAGAGUUUCCUAAACUGGAAAUCAUUUAUUUUGAAACAUUCCUUCUCAUCGAAUGGGUCUUAUUCCGUAAUGGUAAAGGCAGCUAACCUCCUCGGAAGCCUCACCACAAAUUGCACACCCAUCGUUGUUGUGCAGAAUCCUCUGGCUAAUAUAACUUUGACACCUGACAAGAACAUCAUUCAAGUAUCAGACCUUGUUGCCUUCCGCCUUACGACAACAAUUUCGAGAGACUUCCAGCCCAGCCAUGCCGCUUGUUCAUGGUCAUUCGAAAACAAUUCGUAUACAACUGACAUACCUUUGAUAUUUACGGAAGGAGAACACACCACACUUCAUAGAUAUAUGUCCCCGGGAGAAUUCACAGCUAAGGUCUCCUGCUCGAAUAAAGUCAGUAGAAUUGAGCUCAAGACGAAUGUCACGGUUCUCAAAUUGAUCGAGCCGGCUAUGACAAUUUGUCUCGAUUGUGACCACUUUUCGGACCUAAAGAGGAAUCCAUUCAUUGAAUAUUUCGCUCUUGGUGACACAGUGACGUUGUCGGUAUCAUCUCAAAGCUUCGACAGGGCGUAUCACUGGAGAAUUACAGAAUAUGGCAAUCUUACGACAACCGAACAUCACUUUCUUAAAGUAGUUUUAAACAAAACUGGAACAUUCACGGCUAGUGUCCUUGUAGAUAAAUUGGUCGCCACAAUGGCAGCAUCAGUUAGAUUCAUUGUGCAAGAAAAGAUUAACGGCAUAAUACUCCGGUCUAGUGGUUUCACUUGGCUGAGGAGUGCUACUCGCUUUGAAUUCACCCUGUCAAAAUUUGAUGACGGAAGCUGUUUUAAUCUUACCUUGAACGACUCAUUAAACACAAAGAAAUCCCAGUGCUCAGAGGGGAAAACAAGAAAUUACUUUUUUUCGUGUAACCACACCUAUCUCUUCGAGGGUAAUUACACGGUUUGUCUCGUUGUUUUCAACAAGGUGUCAAAAGUAAUACGUUGCUUGGGGGUUGAAGUCUCAAAACCAGUUUGUAAGAUAGAAAACGUUUCGAUAUCGGCGAGGAAAGAAGGAACCAACGCAUAUCGAAAUAGCUUGAAAGUUUUGAAAUACAAAAGAUCUGAUAGCUUUGAGCUUCAAGGGAUUUUUAUCAACGGCUGCUUUUUACCGACUUCAAAGAAUAUCAAGCUUCUAUGGAUAAUAAAGCGAAAAACAUCUGAAAGCAAGGAGCCUGAGGUUGAGGGAGAAGACUCUGGUUCUGUAUUAAAAAUCGGUCCUCGUUCUUUGCAGUACGGUAGCUAUGAAUUUCAAUUUGUUGUCGAGCUUGUAAGCCUCGAUGUAAUUAAACUCUAUGGGAAAGUGGCAGAAAAUUACUCGAUCAAUGUGCAAAUCGUUCGUUCUCCGUUGGUUGGCGAAAUAAGCGGAGAAAAGAAACUAAAUCUGAGCACGGUAGACACCCUAAGGUUGGUUGCAUCAUUUCAUGACCCUGAUCUGCCACCAACGAUGGACCAACAGGGUAUGGUCUAUUACUGGUAUUGCAAGACACCGGUAGGUCCGCUUGCUCAGGCUGAACACUUUGUUCACUGCUAUGACGAUGCGUUGAAGCCUGAAAACUUCAUUAGAAUUCUUUCUUACGCGGAGUUCACCACAAGACUGAACAGCUACCAUGAAAAUAGAUAUUACAUAUUCACGGUCGUAGUUACGAAGUAUGAUCUCCCACCUUUGACAGACAAUGUUACAGUGUUUGUUUCACCUCCACCUCCAUCGCCACCCCCUCCGCCGCCAACAAUGGAAAUAAGCUGCCUAUAUAGCGAUUGUCCGCGUAAAGUUUCCCCGUCAGUGAAUCUCAGACUUAAGGCUGUUUGUGUACACGGAUGUGGAGUCUCCAAUCUGUUUUAUCGAUGGCAGUUUUUCAUUAAAAUGGAAACUGAAUUUAAAUCGCUGGAGUUUCCAAGCGAGUUAAACGUAGAAACCGAUGACGAUGACUUCAUUGUCCACUCUUACAUUUUUGAAAAUAUUCUGGGCCAGGGAGGUGAGGGUCUUGUUCAAGUUGAAGUUUGGAGAGACGGCGGUCAAAGGGGCUUUUCCAACAAGACUAUAACAGUUAAUGAGCCGCCAAUACCAGGCAACUGUUCGUGUAUUCCGUCGCUGGGUGAGGGCUACAAAACAAACUUUCAGGUCGUAUGUGAUAGCUGGAUUGAUCCAGACAAACCACUCCGAUAUAGCUUUAGUUAUGGCGAUGGCAAGACAGUUUUGACUUCCACAGAAAACCCUAGCUCCUCAAAACCUUUUAAGAUUUAUAAACAGCCAACAGAUGGUGAUAAUUCAAUUCUCGUAAGAAUUACAGUAUCAGUUGAAGAUUCACUCGGAAUGAGGUCUACCAUGUCUGUCUUAGCAGAGGUAAAAAAGGCAGAGAAGGCAGCAGUAGAUCUGGGAAGUCUAAUAAAUAACAUAGAUUCUGAAAGUACACCUAUAAACAAUGAGGAGCAAGCUGGAGAGGAAUUACAAGUCUUGGGAGACACUUUAGCGCAGCUCCAGCUCUCCAGUCAGCAGAAUUCUGUUUCAAAAACCGCGGUGUCAAAUGCAGUGACAACAAGUAGACCAACAGUCAACCAAAAUGGAGACAAGGAAGACGAGCAGCAGAAUGAUAAAGGAAUGGAGGCAGGAGACCAAUCUCAAGAAGUUAUAGCCACCACCCCACGGCCAACAAUGUCACCAGAACAGAUACAAUACGCCACAAUCAUCGAGAAGAGUAUAUCGAAGUUAUCCCUUGUCGCAAGCAUUGUGGCCAAAAGCAAUAAAACAACUGUUAGUGAUUUUCUUGUUCUGAGUGAUACCCUUGAGACAGCCACAGCCAAUACAGAUAUGCUGACGUUAACUGCACGGGACGACAGUGCGAGAUUGCUGAGCGAGAUAACAAAAGCUGUCUUAAAUAGACCUGAUGCACCAUUGUCCUUCCUUGAGCGGAUGGCAGCAACAAUUAUGAGAAGCGCAGUGAACAUGCUUAGAAGCUUAGCAAGGGGCCCUUCCAUAAGUCGUGAUGGUACAAUACAUGAUUGCGAUGAUUUAGUAAAGGAAAGGAGCAGAAAUGCUUCCAAAGAAAUCCUGAAAGCGAUAAACAACAUGUGCGAAGCUAUCUUAAAGAGCAAAACUCCUGGCGAUGGAUACACAGUGAUUAACACCACAGCAAUAGAAGCGAAACUUCAAAAGACACUCGUGAGUUUCAUCAAUAACCUUACGAUCGUCCAGGACCUUGGAAAGUUCACACUACCAAAAGACGAAUUGUUUCCAGAUACGAAUCAUACGCGUGAGAACACGUUAGGCCUUCAGAUGGUUUCUUUCGUGGAUAAUCCUUACCAAAACUGCGACAACGAUAACAUCACUUCUUCGGUGGUCGCUUUAGAACUGAAAGAAACCAAUGGAAGCAACUUGUUAGUCAGUGGUCUAAAGAAUGAAAUUGAUAUUCGAAUCCAUCACAAAUGGCGUGGUUUUGAUAGCGAUCGAGAAGCCUUUGUUCUUCAACUGGAUGAAGAUUCAUCCAAUUUCCACACUUUCAACUACAGCUUUCCCCUAGCUGCAGUAGCAGUAGAGUUUUUGUCCAGUAGUAAAAAUGUGUCUAGUUGGGAAAUCAUGAUAACACCUGGUAGAAGGCCAACAGCUGAGAUUAAUCUGGUCUCGUGGUCUUUCAAAGAUAAGGGGAGAACGUUUUUCCUUUUGGAGUCUAGUUCCUUCACAGAAAUGGGAAAAUACUUCCUGAGAGUAAAAGCAACACCUAGAACUCUAAUGUCUCCCGCACAAAAGAAUGUCAGUGUCAAUGUCUCGUACAGUCUUAAGAUAUCUGUUCUAAAAUGCCUUUACUGGGAUAAUAACAUACAAGGCUGGAAUCAUGAUGGAUGUAGGGUUGGGCCAGAAACCAGGUCAAGAGAAAUUCAGUGCCUCUGUAACCAUCUCACGUCGUUUGCAGCUCAAGUGGUAGUAGAACCAAAUUUCAUUGAAUUUGAAAUAGCCUUGAAAGGAUUUGUUGAGCUCACUGAGAACCAUUUGGUUUUCAGUGUGGUUCUGUCCAUCUUAGGCGUCUAUAUACUGCUGUUGAUUUGGGCAAGGAGACGCGAUAUUCGGAAUAAAAAGAAGGCGGAGACUAUUCCUUUGGCCGAUAACGACCUAUCAGAUCGCUACAAAUACGAAAUUCUGGUUUUAACCGGUAUGAAGAAGGAAGCUGGAACCACUGCCGACGUCUUUUGCAAUUUAAUUGGACUUGACGCUGAAAGUGGUCCACGCCAACUUAAAGACUCUAAUCAAACACGUUUCCAGCGAUCAGGAAUGGACUCUUUUCAUCUUACUACUCCUGAACAUUUGGGAGACCUAAUUAAAGUAACGAUUUGGCAUAACAAUUCUGGGUGCAGCCCAUCGUGGUAUCUAAAGCAAAUAAUAGUGCGUGAUCUGAAGACCGAUGGUGUGUUUGUUUUUAUGUGCAAUCGUUGGCUCGCCGUCGAAUUUGACGAUGGGGAAGUCCUUCGAACUUUACUAUCCGCAAAGCAAGAUGAACUUAGAUCUUUUAAUCAUUUGUUCCAUAACGUUACGCAAAGUAAUAUCAAAGAUAAUCACUUAUGGUUUUCUGUGUUUCUGAGACCGCAACUGAGCACCUUCACUACUGUUCAGCGCCUAUCGUGUUGUUUGGCUCUUCUCUACUGCACCAUGCUAACCAAUGCUAUGUUCUACCAACUUGGUGAGGAGUUAAACCCCUCGAAUACACUUCAGCUAGGACCCAUUACCCUCUCUCUGCAACAACUUUACAUCGGAAUGAUUAGCGGCCUCAUAAUAUUUCCGAUAAAUAUUGCUAUUGUAAGCAUCUUUAGAAACAUAGAACCAACAGUUUUAAAAGGAACGAAGGGAAAGACAUCAAAAGGACAAAAUACUAAAAGAAAAAAACGUGCACAGCGAUAUCAGGGUGAUUUUAAUAAAGACAUAGUUGAGUGGUAUCGAAGCCAGGACGCAGAAGAAGAAGCGAAUGGUGAGGGCUCCGAAUCGAUUACUGUGGGGUUGCCACCUGUCGAGACGGUCGAUACCGGGGCAAAGACUGCAGCCUGGUUAAAUAGGAAUGUCAACAGUUGUGACAGUCAGAGCUCCCUUGCUGUAUUGGAGGAGGCCGAUUGGCUAGAGAAUGAUGCGAGUUUUGAAGCAUCUGAAGACUGCGAUUUUCAAGUACAGUUCAAUGAGAAGCCUGGAGGAUCACUUAAAAGAAAGAAGUCACGAAAACUGCCUCACUGGUGUGCGUGCAUUGCAUGGUUUGGAGUUUUCGCCGUAUCAUUUACAUCUGCUUUCUUCGUUGUAUUUUAUGGUUUUCAGUUUGGCCGAGAGAAAUCAGCGCAGUGGCUUGCCUCCCUGCUGGUUUCUCUGUUCCAGGACAUCUUUAUAAGCCAGCCGAUCAAAGUUUUAUUCGUCGCUUUAAUUAUAGCCCUUCUUAUAAAAAAACCCAUAGAAACAACAGAGAAAUAUAGACAAGAUGGCGAUGACAUAGAUGAGGACGAAGAUGAACUGGGUAUUGAUAACUUUGAGGAAGGACCGCCUGAAUAUAAAAAGUUUAUGUUCAGUAGGUAUGAUCAUCAAAGGUCCAUAUCUUUGGAACCACCGAACGUUGAUGAGCUUAACAACGCCAGGGAACAGAAGAAAAGAGAAAUAAGAAUGUUUCAAUUAUCGAGGGAAAUAAUUCUUUACGUCCUCUUUUUGCUUGCCUUGUUUUCGAUUAGUUUCGGUCAACGUGAUCCUAAAGCUUUUCUCAUUGCCAAGCUAAUCGAGGAUACAUAUCUAGGAGGAGUAUACACGGGCCAGCAACUGUACGAGACCGAUGGAAUUGAUAACUAUUGGACAUGGCUAGAAGGCACAGUCCUACCAAGCAUUUCUUCAUCAAACAGAGAUUGGGCGGCAGGCUGCCAUCCUUUGCAGGAAUAUACAAUCGACUGCAAUUCGCGCCUUGUUGGUGGAGCAAGAGUUCGACAGCUCAGAAUUUCUGAAGAAAGCUGUGAAGUACCCGGACCUUUAAGAGGGAAAAUUUCCACCUGCAAUGAAUUUUACUCUUUUUUCAAGGAAGACGAAGACAGCUACUUACCUGGUUGGCAAAUAGCAAAUGUAACGGCAGAGGCAAACACGACGUCUAACGCAACUAUAUCACCAUGGAUAUACCAGACAAGCGAUGAACUUAGAAGUAUACCCUUCUUGGGACUUAUAGGGACAUACAGUGGCGGGGGUUAUGCGUUUGACCUGUCAUCUGCAAACGUAACGGAUGCUUACUUAAACAAUCUUAAACAAAACUCCUGGAUUGAUUACAGAACCCGUGCUGUCUUUGUCGAAGUUGCUAUUUACAAUGCUCAAGUUAACCUGUUUGGUGUUGCGACCUUUCUAACAGAAUGGAUGCCAACAAAUGGUAUUGUCUAUUUCAACAAUAUCAAAGUUGCACGCCUGUAUCAGCACGGGAAUGACUUACAGCUCGUGAUGCUAGUUUGCGAAAUUUUUCUCGCCGUUUUCGUUCUUGUGUUUAUGUAUAUUGAACUGAAAAAAAUUUUCACACUUCGAAGGAGCUACUUAAAAGAUCCUUGGAACUGGCUUGAAAUUGCGCAAAUCUUUCUCACUUUGACUUGUGCUGGUGCUCUUCUGCAGAGAACAAAUUAUACAAACCAGACGAUAGAAAGAAUGAACGCUGAACCCGAUAAGUUUGUCAGUUUUAUAGAGACAAUAACAUGGGAUGAAAUAUUUGGAUACCUAUUAGCAUUUUUGGUGUUCUUUGCUAACUUAAAACUCCUCAAGCUAAUGAAAUUCAAUCAUCGUAUUUACUUGUUUACAAAGACAAUUUCCAACGCCGCAGGACCGCUAAUGUCUUUUAUGAUCGUCUUUGCCGUUUUCUAUAUUGCUUAUUGUGUGCUUUUUUACUCUCUGUUUGGAAGUAUCCUUCCUGAAUACAGCUCACUUCUGGUGACAAUUGAAACAUUAUUCAAUACUGUCAUGGGAGCCUUUGAUUUUGAGAUAAUUAAAGAGAACAAUCGGACUUUAGGACCAAUCAUCUUUUUCUCGUUUAUGAUGAUUAUGGUUAUGAUCUUACUCAACGUCUUCUUAACUAUACUGAUGGACUCUUUUGCCGAAGUCCAAGAAGAUGAGCUCCUAGAGUCAGAGGACGCUGUAGUAGUGGAUAUGAUGAUAAAACGCCUAAAAUGCUAUUUUGUGAGAACCGACAAAGUAGACAUCUUACAGGAGAAUGAAGCUUUAUCACGCAAUCAUUUUGAAUCGGAGACCAACAUAAACUCGCACUGCGACAGUGAAUCUAAAAGUGCAGAAAUUCAGGGGGAAAAAUACGAAGAUGAACAAUAUUUGGACCAAUCCCACAGUGGCGGAGACAGUGAACUCGGAAUUCCACUUAGAGCUGCUAAGGCUGCAGAAGAUUCCUUCUCGUCGAUAGAGAAAGUAGGUGAUUCAAGACAAGAGAACCUCAGAGAGCCAGAACACUCAUCUAGCUGGUCUUCAUUUACAUCGUUAGCCAAGGAAUGGAUUGAAACGGAGACUGGAGUCGACAUAACCACACCUCGUCAUGACGAAGCUAGAAAAAUUCCAAUAGAUGACGACACUAGCGGGGUAUGUUCUGAAUCUUACGGACAACAGACGGAUUCUAGACGGUCAUCAAUGGCGUCCAAUAUGGAGCGAGAUGAGCCCGACGAAAAAUUUUAUGAGGAGUACUCAUCAUCUGUGGAAUGUUCCCCACGAGGCAGCCAUCACUCUAAAUUCACAGACAUAUUAACUGUUCCAAAAAGCAGAAGAAGCUCAAGCUCUGGGUAUUGCUCCUCUUUCGUGGCUACAGAUGGUUUUGACGGUAGCACUGAGCUAUCACGAGAUUCUCAAUUGUCUCAUUAUUAUGACAUGAUUGAAAAAGCGCUUGAUAAUUCAAAUGUUGAUUACGGGUCACUGGUGGGAACCGAAGAAGGAAAUGGUGCUCUGGAACCUGAAGUUUCCUAUUACUACAAGCUAUUAGAAGGCGCCACAAGAGACCGAGAAGGCAACAACGGCAACGAAACAAGAGCUCUUGAAAAAUUUGAUUUUAAUGAUUAUCAAAUUUGCAACAACAAUUUUGAAGGUCACUCUACUCAAGAUUGCGAGAAGGAUAACGUUAUUGACGUGGAGCCAAAACUUACUGAUCUUCUAGGAUUCUUCGCUAGUAUGGCCUUAAGUGAUCUACUGGAAGAUCAAGUAUAUGAACAACUUUUAGUGGAAUACGUCACUUCUCUUAAUGAAAUUUGGUUUGAACCUGAGCAUGAAAAUUUUGAGCGAAAACUUUUGAAACGCUUUGAUAAAAAGGCAAAGUGGAUGUAUACACGGCAUAUGUUCACUGAAACGUGAAAAGAAACGCGUGUGUGGCAUGUGCACCGCUGAGCCGAAGCUAGCUAUGCGACAGUUUCCGCGAAAACCGCAUUAAGAGACUAAAUUCUAUCAUACAUUCAAUACCGUAACUAUUUUCAUAAGUAUACCACGGAAAUGGUGAAGCGUAUUUGCCAUUCGGGGUCAGUUCCUUGCCCGCAACCUAAGUUUGUGGGGGUGAAAUACUAUCAAAACAUUGGUCAAAAUGAAGCUCAUCAAAGUUCGUCAUAGACUCAUGUAAAUUCGAGUGACACCACGAUCAAGCAGAAGUUUGUAAAUGACAGUACAUGCAAACUAUAGAUAUCAAACUGCAACAUAUGCACAUGAAAAUACUUUUAUUUACAAUUUCGUGAUAACAUCUAAAAAUAUAAACGACGACGGCUUCAAUAGCCUAACAUCGCCCUUUGAGUUGUGCUCAACAUUAACCUUAACGACAGUUCUUAUUUACAGAACAUAUUCUGGGCUGAGAAUUUGACAUUCUUGCAGUAAUUUAAAAUUGAAUUUCCCAUGAGAGAAAAUAUUUCCUUACCACACGGAAUCCUGAUGCGUCGGAAAAUCCAACACGCUCGGACGCUCAUCGCGCUUAGACUUUUUGACUGGUUGUUAUUCUAUACACUUUACCAUUAUUACGCAAAGUUAUUCCCACAAAGAGACCACUAACUAUACGCGAUGAAACCCAACCAUAAGUCUCAAACGGGUUUGAAAGGGAACAUUGACUCCGGAAGGCUUUUGUCUAUGGGUUCUAUAGAAAUACGGUUAACCAUUUCACUGACUUGCUCAACUUAAAUAAAGUUUCAACUAUAUGUCUAUCCCCAAAUUCUCAUUGCCUCCUUCUCUUUCUAUUAAUUUGCCAUUAUCUCCAAAAUCAAAGUUAUUUAUAGGAUCUCACGAUUUUUCUAUAAUCUCUCGCUUCAGAGUAGUGAAUUUGUAGCGGCGCUGAAAAUUUAAAUCUUGAAGAGUUAGCGAGAAACCCGUCCGGAUCCAAUGC